AUUCCACUGUUGAUAGCCAUGUACGGCCAGGACUCCGGCAGCCUUAUGGUCUAGGUGGCGGUUCUCCAAUGCAUCAUCUGGUACACGCUGCUUCUUUUUCUCUUCGAGUACGGUGGUGCCAAGAUCCUGAUCAUGGAGCAGUUCUCGGAGACUGCCGCUCGAUUGUCUCCUUCAAGGUGGAUUCCAACGUUGUCUCAUUCCAUGGACGGGAAUUUCUGGAAACCGACGCUGAAAUUGUAGAAGACGGGAAGCUUCACGUCACUUUGAGGAAAUCAAACGCUUCUCGUUGUUCCUUCGCAAUGACGCCACGGCCAUCCAAACUUACCGGUGCUAAGAUAUACAGCUUAAGCUCAUCUCGGAAUCCAACGUCCAAAGGUUCGAAUUUCAACCAUUCCGAUUUCUAUUCCAUGAUGGGAAUUCAGGGGUUUCCAGGAAGACAGUCCAACUUUGGUCCGGCCGAUUUAUACCCUGUUCAAUCAUCAAGAGGGUCGACUCCGAGACCCUCAAAUUUUGAAGAAAAUUGUACAGCAAUGUCUCCUCAAAAUAUGGUGGCACCUCCAUCUCAGCAUUUAUCUUAGAAAAAAAAAACCACGUCAGACCCAAAGGAAGGGCUGAUGAGCGGAACGUUAAAUGUUAACAAAAGCGUUAAGGGAGGGGCUGAUUUGCCACUGCAGGUGAAUUGAGGGGUUGAUAUGCGCAUGAAGUGAGUUAAGGGGGUGAUUUGCCACCAGUUGUUGAGUUUAGGGGGUGAUCUGCACCUUUUGCCUUUAGAAUGAGCUCCUCUUCUUCUUCCUUCUCAUUCUACUUCUUUGCAACUUUGCCUCUUCUUCCUCCUCUUGCAUCUUCUUCUCUUUUCUUCGCCCUCCCAUCCUUCUUUCCUCGGUUUUUGUCAAAUCUUAAGACUCGAACAAGAUCAAUUGCAAGAAUUAGAGUGGAAAACAACUAGGAUUGGGGCAUGGAGGUUCCUUUUUGGUUGCAAUUUUGGUGGCUUCUUAGUGGUUCUCCAAUAUAUUUUCUCGGAUCGAUACUCAACUACAUUAUAGAUCUGAAGUGAGCAUAGAAAUUAUUUGUGGUUUUAUGUUGUGUGUUUUUCUAACCUCCGUUAUUUUGAAAAUUGUCAAAAGAUAUCAGAUGGGUUUUGCUCGUUUGAGUUGGUUUUUGAAAAUUAGAACUUGUUAAUGAAAAUUUGAAACCACCCAGUGGAUUCGAUUUUGCAAUUUUAAUUUUUGCUUAAUUUUUUCAAAUUUGCUUUAUGGAAUUCAUGCUAUUAAAGAUUUGUUAUGCUUUGUUUCAUUUCAUCCUCAUUCUUUUUUGUUUUGAAUUUAAUGAAAUUUGGAGAAUUAU